AUGAGCUUAUACGAGGAGACAGUAACCAGGCCUCAAGAACUCAUAGACCAAUUAGCACUAGCAAAAGAGGUAAUAACCAACAUAACAUUAGACAUACGGCAGAUAGAAGAAAAUUUAGAACUCUACCAGAGCGCCACAGAGUCAAAAACUAGCUGUGCCUCGACAAUGCAUUAUAACCCCCCUCCCGCCAUCCCUAAAUUCACUGGUACUGUUAAAACUUGGACCUCAUUUUGGAAUGCCUUUGAAGCAUAUAUUGAUGAGAAUCCAAAUAUGCGGGAAAUUCAAAAACUCGCUUACCUUCUACAAUCUCUCGAAAGAGAAGCAAAGAACUUAGUUGGCGGAUAUUAUAUCAUCCCUUCGAACUACGCAUUGGUUAAAGACGUACUGAAAAGGAAGUACGAUAGACCCAACAGAUUAGUCAAAGAACUAUACGGCGAACUCAUAGCGCUUAAGACGGUUGAUAAUAGGGGCUUGCCCAAAUUUGCCACCGAAGUUGAGAGAAUCUUUCAACAAUUAGAAGGCGCAAAUCAACCAGUAGAAGUCGGUAUAUACGAAAGAAUAAUAGAAUUCAAACUACCUUACCAAACUCUGCUGCGGCUUGCAGAACGUAAGAGAACAAAAACAGACUAG